CAAUGUCAGUGGGGUCACUCUUCCAUCGAGGAUGUCGGAGAGAACAUUUACAUGACGACGAAAACUAAGGAAAACAUGACGGUGUCUGCAAUAAAGAGCACUACCGCAUGGUUCGACGAAUUAAAGGACAAGGGUGUUGGACAGACAAAUAUACUCACCGAUGAGGUCUUCGGCCGUGGCGUUGGUCAUUACACUCAGAUGGUAUGGCAAUCAAGCACCAAACUUGGAUGUGGAGUGAAAUGGUGUGACUCUAUGACGUUUGCAGGCUGUCAAUACGUGAAGCAAGGGAACUGGUUCGAUGAAGAAAUCUACGAGAAAGGAGAACCGUGCUCAAAGUGCAAGUGUCCGAAGUGCAAAUGUGAUGUGAAAGUUGGGCUUUGUUCAAUCCGCAAAUGA